GAACCAUCGACGAACUCCUCUAUUUCCGCUGUGAAUUGCUCGUCGCAUCAAAGAUCACCAACCAUGGAGUCAUUCCAACCCUCGAGCGCUUCCACCCAUCGACCUCUCCAGGGCAACGAAAUCCGCGUCGUCACGCUCCACCCAGCUUCCUUUGACGACCCUGUCUUUUGCACUCUUGACCACGUCGCCCUUAACGGGCCGCGAGACGACUACAUUACAAUCUCAUACACCUGGGGUGACCCGACGCAGACUAAGGACAUCAACCUCAACGGUCACUCCUAUCCCGUCACGACCAGCCUCCACUUGGCUCUGACUUAUCUGCGCAACGAAGACAAGCCACGCCGCCUAUGGAUCGAUAGUCUCUGUAUCAACCAGCAAGAUGUGGCCGAGCGGAAUGCUCAUGUGCCUCGAAUGCGGGAUGUCUACGCCUUUGCUGCCGAAGUAAACGUCUGGCUCGGAGAUUACGGGACAGUUAACCAGUCGUCGUGGAGGCACGCAUUCGAUCUUUAUAUCAAGGGUACCGCCGAAGACAAAGAAUAUUGGUAUACCCGUAUCAAACCGUUGAUGAACACAUUACUUAAGAGGCCAUGGUUUCAGCGGAUGUGGGUGAUACAAGAGGUGGCUGUCAGGGACUGGAAAGAGGAUAGCAAAAAAGUCAAGUUUCUUGUCGGGCACUUGAGCCUGACGUGGUCCAUCCUUGACGAGGCAAGUCGUGAUAUUGUGCAACAACGUUCAUAUUUGGCCCUCGUGCAGUGGCAGCUUAAUCCCAGACGGAGUUACAAAUCGAACGGAUUUUUUCAGAUUCAGACUGCGUGGAGGUGGGAAGUUGAGCACCGCGUGCGUGAGUCUUUGAUGGAAGGCGCCUCUCCUCCAAAGUCGCAGCGGCUAGGCUACUUGCUGUCCAUGUUCGUCAACUUCAAGGUUACGGACCCAAGAGACCGGAUCUACUCGCUCCUUGGACUGUUGUAUGGUCCGGAGGAGGUCCCGAAUGACCUGGCACCUGAUUAUUCCAAGCCCGUGGACGAGGUAUUCCAUGCUUAUGCUGCCUGGAUGCUGAGAGAUAGCGGGUGUAUUGAUCUACUGUCACUGAACUCCCGUCAACGGGUGGGACGAAGAUGCCCGUCAUGGGUACCAGACUUCCAAGGUCAAACCCAGGAUUUCUGGCACUACCCGGUGGAUAGAGGUAACAAUCCCAUCAGGAUCCUUCAAGAGAACGGGGUUCUGGAAAUCGAUGCAUUGAUCAUCGGAACUGUACAAACUGUUGGACGGCGAUGCGAGAUAUUGGAAGAGAGCAGGGUCAUGCGCCUCCUUGACCCCACCCUUGAGUUUCAUGUUCUCUGGGGAUGCGCGCAGUAUCUCCUCGACUGCGAGACCUGGAUUCAAGUCCACGCUGGGGUUGUGAUUGAUCCACCUCCAUGGAAACUCAAUAAGUACUUACUCAGUAAGUACUUCGAGAAGUCUUUCCGUGGGUUUCAAAUCGCCACUCGCAUGCCGGGAUUCGAAACGUUCGAAGACGCCUACAAUGAUAUACGUGUUUUCUGCAAGGAGGGCAAAUUCGUACCUAAUCCUGAUAUAUGGGACAAAAUGAACAGAUGCAGCGAAUACGCCAAUUUCAUCUCAGAAGAGUUCGAUGGGUUCACACCCUUCAUAUGUGACAACGGAAAGUUGGAGUUCUGCAACAGCAAAGUGGAUGUUCCAGAACCGGGAGACGUUCUUUGUUUGCUGAGGGGGUCAUCGAAGCAGUACAUUCUACGACGGGCUCCGCCUGAUUCCUUGGGAGAAUGGAUUAUGGUAGGAGCAACAUUCAAUGUUGCUGAGUUUCGUUACGUUGACCCUAGCAGAGGUUACAGAUAUCAAGCGGAGAUCAACAGCGCCUACACUGAACUCUGGACAAAGAAUGCGGACAAGAUCUUUAAAGCGCUUAUAUGCUGA